AGUUACUGUCGAUUCUGUUUUUCGUUGAGUGAGGUGUGAUUCGAGCCCGCACUUUUGAAUGUUCCAGGGGUUGUGGCAGCGGUAGUUCGACGUAUCGACCGCGGCUCAAGCAAAUGUGACAAUGGACUUGUACUACCCCGCAGUGGUCGUACUCCUAAUAGGCGCGGCGGUAACUACCGCAGCAGCGGACAAUGUUUGUGACCAACAAGUUGGCAAUCUGAAUGGGCCCCUCAUAUUCAGGCAUUCUUGGCAGUUGGCAGUGCCGGUGGCAAAAGGGAGUCCUGCCUUCAUGUACAUUUCCCUCUGCGAGCCGCUCAGCUUUCCAGCCAGCUCACCGGCGGCCAUAUGCAACGGGAAGUCCAUCUGUCGUGUGGCCGAUGGCAAGGCAGAGGUGUACUCCGACUUUGUGGCCAACACGACCAACGUCGAAGUGAAUGGUGCCUGGAUGUUCGUGAAAGGCAAUCAGUGCCGAGAGCGGGAGGGCAAGGCUUACAAGGUGUCUCUGAGGAUGGUGUGCGCAUCCAACUAUGGCUCUCCCGAGUUCUACACAGAGGCGAUGUGUCAGGUGUUCUUGCUGUGGAGGACGUCGGCAAUUUGCCCUCGGGUGCCGGGAAAGCCGGCCAGGACGGAAGUUCCGUGCUACGUCUACGACGACCGAGGGUCCCGCUUCGACCUCUCUGGACUCAUCAGGGCUUCGGGGGGACACAGAGUUGAGACGACAGACCCUAGCGUGGACCUGCGCAUCAACGUCUGCUCGGACAUGUUGCCCGAAAACGAAGUUUCAUACCCACCUUUGAGCGGAGCUUGCUUGAUGAGUGGCGGCACGGGAUGCACGUCUGUUGGGGAAGUUCGCUCUGGUCUCAAGUUUCAAGGACAGGAUCUCUUCCUGACGUACCUUCCCAAGGAGGGAGCUCUUCCCAUGCCCGGCUGCGAUGCCGCUCCGAGGACGACCAUCAAGUUUGUGUGCCCCGGUCGUAGGAACAGCCAUUUGCCGAGAUUGCUCUCAGACAUGGACUGCCACUACUACAUUGAAUGGGAAACCCAGCAUGCCUGUUCUUUGGAUCAGCUGAGCGCAGAUGUUGCAACAUGCAAGUUUACGGGAGAUACUCACGGCGUGGACAUCGAUCUCAGCCCGCUGCAGAAGACUGAGGGUUAUUACAACAUAACUGGAGUGAUCAAUGGCAGCACGGCGUUGCUUUCAUUUAACGUCUGCGGAAGAGGCUUGGGGCGUACGUUUACCUGUGGCACAAGGAGGGUCUACGACGUUGCCAUGUGCCUUCGUCAGGGCUCCGAAUCGAUCUCUCUUGGCGACACUAGGGACCCGACGCUUCUGCUUGUGGACGACGUGGCUAUCAUGACAUUUCGUGAGGGCAGCCCUUGCAAGCCCCAGGUAUCCUGGUCUAGUGCUAUUCGUUUCAUCUGCAAUGAAGCUGCAGGUGCUGGAGAAAUGCAGUUCGACUGGGUGGACAUAGACACGUGUGUCUACAACUUUGUCUGGGAAACUGCCUAUGCCUGUCCCGAGGUGCGGGCCACCGACUGCUCCAUUCUGGAGGAUGGUGUGCACAUCGACCUGAGUCCUCUGUCCCGCUCGAAAGAUGACACUCCUUGGACUGCAUUCGGUGCUCCUGACGGAGAUGGCAACCGCACUUAUUACAUCAAUGUCUGCACAGAAAUUAAUGUGGCGCAAGCAGUUGUGGGGUGCAACAAGGGCAGCACCGUGUGUGCAGUGGAUCGGGCUGGACAAGCCACCAGCUAUGGCACACACCCCGCAAAACCUGUCUACGACAAGAACAGCAAAGUUGUCACCGUUACUUCCUUCGGUGACACUUGUGAGACUGGCAAGAAGUACCGCUCCAUCAUCUCUUUCAUCUGCAAACCAGGUGCUGUGACAACUUCACCGGAGCUAGUGAGGGAGGUGAAGUCUGAGUGCCUUUUGGAGUUUGAGUGGCACACUGCAGUUGCCUGUCCACGGAGAACCAAGAUAGGCACCAACUGCAAGGUUUCCAAUGAACAAUUGGGCUUUGAGCUGGACCUGAGCCCACUAAAUUCUCUCAAGCCAUAUGAAGUGGAACACAAGGGUUACAAGUACUACCUAAAUGUCUGUGGGAACCUGACUGGGACUCCCUGCAACGUUAACAACCAGGAGGCUGGGAUCUGCCAGAUGUCCAUAGCCAAUGGUCGAGCCUGGGUUCUUGGGCAAGCCAACUCCAACCUGACCUACAUCGAUGGCAUGGUGAACCUUACGUAUGUGAACGGAACGCCCUACAACGACCGUGCCAAGACCCCCCGGUCAUCCAGCGUAGUGUUUCUGUGCGACUACGACGCCGGGAUUGGCCGGCCAGAGUUUCUGGACGAAGCCAAUCGCACCUACUCGUUCGUGUGGUACACGAGCUAUGCCUGCCCGCCCUCUUACUUCACAGGAUGCGUCUAUCGCGACCCGGAGACGAACCUGACCUACGACCUCUCCAGGUUGAACCAGGUGAACAGCGGGGGCGACUGGUUUGUGGAAGAAAAGGAGAUGGGCUUCACGCGCAGGUUCCACUUGAGCGUGUGUCGACCCUUGAGGCGGGCUCCUCUGGGCUGCUCUUCGAGGGCGGCAGCCUGCGUAGUCAAUUCGUACGACAACGGAACGGAGGUGGUGGCCGUCGGUAACGCCGGUCAAGCACGCCACUCUCCCACCAGAGUGUCGGGCACCAUUUCCCUCGAGUACGACAUGGGGGAGCCAUGCGUUUCGUUUGGCAAGAACACCAACUACACCACCGUGAUGCACUUCCUCUGCGACGCUAGACAGGCGGAGAGCCUGCACCUGCUGACGAAGGGCAAGUGCCGCUACACCUUCCUUUGGGUCACCCACAUGGCAUGCCCGGUGAGCCACCUGGAGGCCAGGGGCUCCUGCUCUCUGACGGACAGGGCAGGCACGACGUACAACCUGGCUUCCCUGCACCUGCCCCACAGCUUCUACACCGUGACGGACGGAGACAUUGUGUACGAGCUGAACAUCUGCGGGCCCGUGCACGGGGGCCACUGCUCCAAGAUGGCCAACACGAGCGUCUGCCGAGUGGCGGGGAGCAACGUGACCCAGCUGGCCAGGACAGACUUCAUGGCUCUGACCUCGGACGACCCCGGAUCACUGCGCCUCUCUUACGCUGGCAGCUACACGAACCAGUCGGCCAAGGCUUCCCUGGUCUUGAUCGAGGUGACCUGCGACCGCGGGGCUGCCAACCACCGGCUGGCCUUUGGUCGGAGCGAGCCGGGCCUGUUGGUGUUCAACCUGGCCACGGUGUUGGCCUGCGAGCCCGUCGAGGUGGACUGCACCUUUGGCGGCCCGGGUUACCGGUACGACCUGACUCCGCUGGUGCGCCGCGUCGGCAACUGGGACAUCCCGCACCCGACCAGCCCGAGGCUCUUCCACCUGUCCUUCUGUCGACCCCUCAACCCGAGCACAUUUUACUCUUGCCCUCCUGGUGUGGCUUCGUGUGAGACAGACAGCUUGCACCCGGAGAAGACUGGCAUCAGCUGGGGCGUCCAGACCGACUCUCCCUUCGUCGCCCGUGACAGUAAUACAGUGAUCAUCCAGUACCGCAGCGGGUCCCCUUGCAAGAGGAGCAACGAUACCAGCGAGCUCCAGGUCUCCAGGUCAACCAUCAUCGCUUUGAUUUGUAGCGAGGAGGAGCAGCCGAUCGUGGUUGGCGAGUCCAAGAACUGCGAACUCGUCUUCAACUUUGAGACACCAGCUGCCUGCCCCCUGAUGGUUGCAGAAGGUGACAAGUGCAAAGUGAAAGACAGACGUUAUGGCUACGUGUACGACCUGUCGUCGCUGGCGAAUGCGACGUCGGAUUACGAGGUGUCUACGGCAAACUUCACCUACCUCAUCAAUGUGUGUCGACCCCUUGUGACUGACCUCGAGAGCUGCAAAGGAGCUGCAAUGUGCCAGACCAAGCCCACGGAUGCCAACUUCGGCAUGCAUGCCGGCCUGCCAAGCAGCGCAGUGACCUACAAGAACGGCUUGAUCACGCUGACUUACUCUGAAGGCUACGGUGGCUGCAAAGGCAUCAACAACCGGUCCACGGUGAUCACCUUUGUGUGCGACCACUCCGCCUCGGGCAGGCAGGGGCCCGCCUUUGUCUCGGAGUCCGAGGAGUGCACGUAUGCGUUCGAGUGGCGCACAUCGCUGGCCUGCCCUCCGAUCGUGGAAAGCGAGUGCAGUGUGCAGCUGGACAAUGACGGGGGCAUGGUGGACCUCUCACCGCUGUCGAAUCCCAGGGAGAACUACAUCGUGAGUGGGCCCGACGGGUCGAAGUAUGUGCUCAACGUGUGCCGGAGCGUGGUCUACAGUCCGGGUGCAACUUGUGAGAACACAGCAGGGGCCUGUGUCAUUUCGCAUCCCCAGAACUCUCGCAACCAGGGACAGGUGCUAUUUCCGCCAUACGUGGAAAACGGUCGCGUGAUGCUCAAGUAUUCUUCGGGCGACUACUGCAACAGUGGCAUGACGGCGCGUCUGGAAACUGUCAUCGAAUUCAUCUGUGACAAGAACAUCCGUGCCGGAUAUCCCACGUUUGAACGGGUGGACAAGUGCACGACAUACUUCCAAUGGCGCACCACUUUCGCGUGCUCCAUGAAGGAUGAUAUUGUGUUCCGCAAUUGCACGGCACUGCACCCCCUGACAGAGCAAGAGUUUGAUCUGACCCCGUUGAAGAGUGCCCAGCCUUACAAUGUUACAUUCAAGGACGACGCUUACUCUCUGAGCAUCUGUGGGCCACUUCCGGACAAUCUGUGCGGCCCUGGUGCAGGGGUGUGUCUGAGGAAGGCUGGAGGGGGCGGAGCGGUCAGCCUGGGGCUCGCCAACGCCGACAUCCACUUCCGAGAGGGGGUGAUGUUCCUGGAGUACACGGAGGGCGACACCUGCCCGGGAGGGGCAGGCAAGCGAAGCAGCGUGGUGCAGUUUGCGUGUGCCAUGGCUGGCUACUCGCACCUGGGUCCCCAGCUGGUGCAUGUGGCCUCGGACUGCACCUACUACUUCAUCUGGCACACCGAGCGUGCCUGCCGUAGGGUGCUGCACUGUACGGUGGAAGAGGGUGCGGAGAGAUUCGACCUGUCGUCUUUGACCAAGUCGACGGGCAGGCACACGGUCCGCAACAUGGUGGACCCCGGAUACGUGUACUACAUCAACGUCUGCCGUCCACUCCACGCUGUCGCACCCUACCACACGCUGGCCAAUGCCGGCCUUGUCAGGGUCUCCAGAACGACCGGUGCCGUUGAGAGCUUAGGGGAAGUCUUCAUGGAGCCUUUCAACGACUUUCAAGGCCAUGUCACCCUUCUCUAUGUCAAUGGAUCGCAAUGCUCUUUCAACACGUCUGCUUACAACAAAGCCAGGGUUAUCUUUGUUUGUGACCCAUCUACAACUGCUGAAGAGCCAAUUCUGUUGGACAUCGACGAAGAGAACUGUGUGUUUGUCUUUGAAUGGAGGACCAACCUGGUCUGUCCAGAGGUUGACAGAAAGGCCGUCCCCAGCGCCGGCUGCACGUUCAGCAUCCCACAGCACGGACUAUCGUUUGACCUGUCCAAGUUGGCACCGGGGAGCAGCAGUGUACUCGAGGUGUCUGACCCCACUGGGGAGGGAAAAUUCCUGCUGGACGUCUGUGGCCAAACCCCGCUGAAUGUUUCGGGCUGCAAGGACAGUGCGGUGUGCUUUGCCUCUCCAAAUCACGAGGAAGGCUACGGGACAUUGCAUUCGUUCAGCUAUUUUCAAGGCGUCCUCAGAGUCAAGUACACAAACGGAACAGCAUGCAGUGGAAGCGAGGCUCCUUUCCACUCUGCUGAGAUCAACUUUGAGUGUAGCCCAGAGUCUGGUGUAGGAGCUCCUGUUCUUGAGCAUAAGUAUGCUUGCCACUCUGUGUUUACUUGGAAGACCGACCUGGUAUGCGUGGCCGACACGCAGCAGUGCACGGUAUCUUCGGGAGACGACUUCUACGACCUGGGCCUGCUCUCCUCCGUCAGCCACACCUGGAACGUCACGGACCCCAAGGGAAACAUUUACUGGCUCAGCAUUUGCAGUCUGCCGAAGCCUAACCAGGCAGGAAGCCACUCGUGUCCAAGCAGUGCCGCAGUCUGCAUGAAGAGCGUCGACCACCGCGAUGCCGACUUUACCCUGGGAAAGGUGGCGUCGCAGAAAAUUAAAGUCACGAAGGCCGGAGAGAUCCAGGUGUCGUAUGGAGGAGGAGAUCCGUACAUUUGCCUAGACCGUUCCACACAGCAUCCCGAAACCAUUGUUAACCUUGUGUGCGAUCCAUCUGGAAGCGGCCUGGGCUCACCAGAAUUUGUUAGUGGACCAACCAAGGAUAGAUGUGCGUUCACUUUCCACUGGAAGUCAAGGGGUGCCUGUGCAGUUCAGACUGAAGGACGUGUCCUGGAGAAGAACGGCAUCAUUGUGGACAGAAGGCUCAAUCUGGCCAUUGACUUCUCUUCCAUACUGAACAGCACCUUCAAUGUGACGGAAGUUCGGGGCAAGGACAAGUACAUUUACGUCGUCAACCUGGGCAACACCCUCCCUGGCCUUUCUGAGGAGUGUGCACGUGCCAGUGUGUGCCAGACUAAGGAGAUGCCAGCUUUCUACAGAGACGUGGGCAGCUUUGCCACGAGGAAAUUUUUCAUAAGAGGAUCCGAGUUGCGCCUUGAGAUGGCAUCUCUUGCAAGAAAGUGCGGUCGAACAUCUUUGAAUGUGACAACUGUCAUCACUUUUAGCUGCUCGCAAGGUGCAGGAGUGGGUUCCCCCAAGUUCUUGUAUGAAUCAAACAAGUGCCAUUACCUCUUUUUGUGGGAGACUUCGUUGGUUUGCCAUAGUUCGCUCGUAGCCCUAGAUGGUGCCGAUGCUGGAGGCUUCACCGGAGCAGAGACCACCGGUUCUGGGGCAGUGGUGGGCAUAGUGACUGCGGUGGUUGUCGCCGUUGUUCUCCUUUCGGCGGCAGUCUACUUGUUGAGAGGGAAAAUCUGGAUGCUAGUUCCAUCAAGAUUCAAAGGCAUCAAGGUCCCUCCAUACCACUGGUCAAAGACUCACUCCCAGCUUCAUACGACCGACGAAAACGGCGACACCGAGCUUCUCACUUCUGGAUCUUCUAUGAAUUCGGUCGAUGAUCCAAAUGAUCUUCACAUCCUAACCUAGUAUUAGCUUUCCUUUCCGGUCAAGGUGUGUUUGUUUUCAUGGGCAUCAUCCAUCCAUCCUUUUCCACUUUUUUUUUUUUAAAGAUGAGGGAAUCCAGGAGGGUGCAAAGUGCUUGCACUAUUUUGUAAGCAUACCAUUGGAAGCACUCCUACUACAGGCAAUAGGACCGCUAACACAGACGACGAAGCGACAAUGUUGAACUGCGACUGUGAUAAUUAAUUUUUGACUAGCACCGAGUAGGUGUGUGUGUUGUGCAUGUGCUCAGGCAAUACAUGGAUGCAUGCAGUAAUUUUUUUAAUAUAUUUCUGUGGCAACAGGCAGCUCCUGUUUGGAGCAUGCUGCGAGUUGAUCAAAUGUGCUUUCCGUUUCUCAUAUUUUUUUAUAUUGAGUACUACAAGAGUACUAUAGGUUGUUCCAGUUCUGUGGUAUUGAGGGUGACCUGGAUCUUCAUGUCAAAUGCAGUCCAGGGAUACUUUAUUUUUGUGUUUGAAUUUGUGGUUUUUCAAACACUUCGCCAUACCCCUUCGGUAAACGUACACCAUACCAUCUGGGAAAAAUCCAACCCGACAGACUUGGUAGGCAAAUGUGGCAUACAUAUGCAUAAGGGUUGGAAACACCUGAGAAAACAUUGAGCUCAAUUGGACAGCUUUCACUUUGGUUAAGGGGAGAGCUGAGGGGUUAUGGUUUUUGUUUUUGAAUGUAUAUUGUUGGUUUUGGAAAUUCUAUGUGGGAAGUGGGACAGUGUGCCUUAUUCUAGUCCAUGCUGACUCACGUGAUGCAUCUAUAAGUGCUUUAGUGUGUGAUAACUUGUGAAUUUGCUUUGAAGCACAGGUAGUUGUAAAUUUAGCCUAGGUUUUAUUUUACCAUUGUUUUUUUCUCAGUUUCGACACAUUGCAUUUUCGCACCUACAAUGCUCCAUUGAUGCUCAAACUUUUUGUUUUGAGCACUAGGCUUUGUUAAGGUUGGUGUCGUAGAUCAGCUAACCAAAUACCGUAAGUUGUUUCACGUAUGCAUUGCAUAAGAGCUGCAAUCACACUUUGUCCUUACUUAAAGUUGUUAUAUGUAUAUAGAUUUUUUAUGACACAGGAAUGUCUGAAUAAAACUAAUUUAUUGCCUGUAAAA